AUGGACCGGCAGACGACAGUCGACCCUACGAUUGACGAGGAAGACCUCAGCAUCACGUGUUGCGCACCCGCCCGCGCGGCCUUGGACGACUUGAUGCGCCCUAUAGUGGUUGACGAGUCCUUUGCAAGAGCCAACAAACGCGGCGGCGGCGAUGGCGUCUUUUUCGCGUGGCCCUUUCUCGGCCCCCUGCUGUUUGAAAACGAGACGAGCGACUGUCGCGACCAUUGCGCCAACGAACGAACCUUUCUCUCCUAUUUACGCCUCGCAAUGUUCAUGGCCCUGGUCUCGGCCGCCAUCAUACUGUCGUUCCACCUCAAGCUCGAGCCUAGCGAGUUGGAGCUCCGCAUGGCCAAGCCUCUGGGGUUGAUCUUUUGGAUCCUAUCUGCCACGUGCUUGGGGCUGGGACUUACAAACUACAUCAGAACCGUCGACAAGUACGGCAGGCGUGCGGCUCUUGUCCAGUCGGGAUGGAAGACUCAGAGUAUCCUAACCCUCAUCGUGGUGACAAUCGUUGGAACAUGUGUGACAUUGCUGGUCAUCAAUAAGCUGAUCCAGAAUUAG